UGGAUCCAGACCGGAGAGCAGCAAUGCAGGAAGAUCAGGAUCGGCGGCACGAUAUCUCGUUCUUCGAUGGUGCCGAUGCGAGAACUGGAGAGCUCGUUAGCAGCAUUUCCUCCAACACUUUGGUCAUUCAGCAGGCCAUAAGCGAGAAACUCGGACUUUUGAGGCUGGCAACCGUACCGGUGGUCAUUCUGGCUGGAGGUCUCUAUGCUCAUGUCAUCACUGGCGUUUCAUCCAGGAGCCAGAAGGAACAUCAGCAAUUUCUCAAAUUCGGAGAGUCUGUUCGUUCCUUGGCGAGCAAACAACGAUCGGUCUGUACACCAUUGCUCUCGGUUCCACGCUACGUCUGGGAUCGGGCAGGACGUGCCAAAGGGAUUGGAAUGGGAGCAAUGCGCCUUGCCAGAUGCUCGUGUUCUUCACGACCUGAGCCUCAGGAUACCGCCUGGAAAUCGAUAGCCAUUGUUGGCCCCAGUGGUUCUGGGAAGAGCACGAUUAUAUCUCUCAUUGAAAGGUUUUACGACCCAACUUCAGGAGAAAUUCUCUUGGAUGGUUACAACACCAAAUCUCUACAAUUAAAAUGGCUCCUGUCACAGAUUGGUCUCGUUAACCAAGAACCAGCUUUGUUCGCUACCACCAUCGCGCAAAACGUACUUUACGGCAAAGAUGAUGCGAACAUGGAGGAGAUAAAGCUGGCUGCCAGGACUUCAAAUGCGCACGAUUUUAUAAAUCAGCUUCCUCAAGACUACGAAACACAGGUUGGUUCAAGAGGCGUACAACUUUCUGGAGGCCAAAAGCAGAGGAUAGCCAUAGCUAGAGCAUUGGUCAGAAAUCCAGCGAUACUGUUGUUGGAUGAGGCAACCAGUGCUUUAGAUGCUGAGUCCGAGAAUGUGGUACAAAACGCACUCACAAAAUCAUGGUGGCAAGAACGACAGUUAUUAUAGCACACAGGUUGUGUACUG